GGUGGGGGGGAGUUCGGAGGAGAAUGACACCCUUGCCCCGUUCCUUUCCACCGGGAGCCGCGGUGAGAGUUGAAUGAUGGAGCCGGGGCGAGCGCUUCGUGCCAAGGACAUGAUUCUGUUGAGAUGGAAAGAGGGCACCAGCAUUUAAAUAGUAAAGUCCGGAGAGAAAAGCGGCGCUCGGGAGAACAGGAGGAGGUGGCCGGUGUACGUUGUGCCAGCAUGGGGGUGGAAAGCUUCCCGCUGUAUCCUGUGAAGGCAUCUCAACCACCUUCUGAUGUCCACGGCUCCAGCAGCUCGUUCGGUGGGGGACACCGCCGUCACCCGGCCCCAGCCGACGGCGAGAGCCAGCCUGUCCAAGCUGAGGAGGAGGGGGCCGUGCCGGCUUGCAGAACCGGCCCCGCGAGGGGUCGUGUUUUGGUCAACGGGGAGAAGCAGCUUAUCCGGAAAAAUGGGACAAUGGGGGCUUUUCCCAGCGUGGGAGACGGCGGCGGUGCCAAGGGCCAGGAAUUCGGGAUGGCCGUGAGCUGGAGGGCCGAGGGUCUGGCUGCGAAGAGGAAGUGGGUGGAAAAUGGGGUCGGAGGGGCCCCGGCUGAAACGGGACCCUCGAUGUUCCCUCCUAUGGAGGGCAAGAGGUGGAAGUCGGAGCUCCUCAGCGAUGCCCCAACUCAUCAGGAGCCCAACGGCAGACACGAGGGCUGUUUGGCCUCCAGACACGCCAGGAGCGGGAGCGUCACGGCGGGCUCUCAGCGCAUGGCCGUGGACUACAUCGUGCCCUGCAUGGCCUAUUAUGGGAUUUGUGUCAAGGAUCACUUUUUGGGAGACGCUCUGGGCUCCGGGGUCUUGGACGAGGUCGAGUUACUCAACAGGAGCGGGAAGUUUCGGGACGGCCAGCUGGUCAGUCAGAGGACCAUCCCGUCCAAGAACAUCCGGGGUGACCAGAUCACGUGGGUGGAGGGCAAGGAGCCCGGCUGCGAGAACAUCGGGGUCCUCAUGUCUCGGAUUGAUGAGGUCAUCAUGCACUGCGGCGGGAAGCUGGGGAGUUACGUCAUCAACGGCAGGACCAAGGCGAUGGUCGCGUGUUAUCCCGGGAAUGGAAUGGGAUACGUGAGACACGUGGAUAAUCCAAACAGAGACGGACGCUGCUUAACCUGUAUCUACUACCUUAAUCAGAACUGGGACACCAAGGUCCAUGGGGGUCUCCUCCAGAUAUUCCCCGAGGGCCGCUCAGUUGUUGCUAAUAUUGAGCCGAUAUUUGACCGGUUAUUGAUCUUCUGGUCGGAUCGUCGAAAUCCUCAUGAAGUGAAACCAGCGUAUGCCACACGGUACGCCAUCACUGUCUGGUAUUUCGACGCGAAAGAAAGAGCGGAAGCCAAAGAUAAAUACAGACUCGCCAGCGGACAGAAGGGUAUUCACGUCCCUGUCUCGUGUGCCGGUACCGUUUGAUGGCGCUCGUACGGUGGGAGUCUCUGCGCAGCACCGGCUGCCGUCACCGUGAUGCGGGUCAGACACGAGGAGCCCACGGGCCAGGAGCCGGGGGGGGGGGGCUGCUCUCCCCCACAGUCUGCAGCCCUGGACGGGGAGAUGACCCUCCGAACCGAGGAGAGACGCGGCGCAGGGCAGAGAGGACCGGACGCUGCUUUCCCGGGUUUAAUUCCCGGGGGGGGGUAUUAACUUCUGGGGUCUCACUGCAUUCAUCCACUUGGGGGGGCAGAGGGGUAAAAAAGCAAAGGAGAAAGAUGGGGAAGACAGAAAUGGAGGGUGGGGGGCAGUAAGGAUUCUGGGGUAAUUGGGUGGCAGGAGAUCCCCCCCAAUGUGUGUUCCGGGGGAGCUCGAGGGGGGGAAGCGAUUCCAGUAUAUAAAUCCCCCCCCUUAUCUGUAUCACACGGGAGAAGCCGUCUGAACUUCCCGUUCUCAGGAUCUGCAGGAUUAUUCCUCCCCAAUGAGUUAUCCCUCCUCUAUCGUUGCUGAUUGUUGUUUGUUGGCCCCGGCCGCCUUUGUAAGGAUGAUCCGAGUUCUACUAAUUGCCAAACAAAAAGCACAAGUCCUAAAAAAAACCAACCCCAAAGCCGGCCAAAAUCACCCCAGAACGGGCAGGAGACACAGAAUGGGGGCUUAUUCACUAAACGGGGAGUGGGGCAGAUAGAGGACCUCUGGGGUUUCAAACAAUAGGCUCUAUGGGAGAGACUGGAAGACAGGUUUUACCCCCCCAGUGAACCCCACCCCUUUUACGCUACGGGGUGUGCGCUACGAGAAAGGGUUAACGCCGAGAAAUAGUUUAUUUUUUAAAUAAAGAAGAGAUUUACAAAACUUAUACUGAAAAAAAAGCUGCAAUAAAGAUUACCUCAUUACCACCGGCA